AUGAAGCUGGCAUACCUUUUCCUUGGCCCCAUGGUCCUCUUGCUCCUGGCUGGCUGCAGCUGUGUCCUCAGCACCUCCAGUGGGAACCUGCUCACCUUUGUGGGCUGUGCUGUGAGGGAGUUUACUUUUGUGGCCAAAAAACCGGGCUGCAGGGGCCUUCGGAUCACUACGGAUGCCUGCUGGGGCCGUUGUGAAACCUGGGAGAAGCCCAUUCUGGAACCCCCCUAUAUCGAAGCCCAUCAUCGAGUCUGUACCUACAAUGAGACCAGACAAGUGACGGUCAAGCUGCCCAAUUGUGCCCCCGGAGUGGACCCCUUCUACACUUACCCUGUGGCUGUCCGCUGUGACUGCGGAGCCUGCUCCACUGCCACCACGGAGUGCGAGACCAUCUGAAGCUGGUGUGGCCCACGGAACACAGCUGGCGGCCUUGAGCUUCACAGACCCACCUGCACGGGCAGCAGCUAUACCCCUGGAUUCGAGGACUGUCUAAUUUUGACCACCCCUGUGGAAGAGGUUUCCUGUCUCCCUUAGGUCCAACUCGAGCACAAGGCCCAGAGGCGGCAUACUGAUGCUAACCAUCAAAAUAAUAUCUGUGUUUUCACUGAAAUAAUUUCUCUGGGUCACAGAUUUGCAAAUUAAUUUAUCUUUACCUUGAAUCUCAGAACAUAAUUUGAAUAUAUCACAAUCCUCCUCCAAUUUGGAUUUGUAAUAUGCCAAUGGUUUAAAUGCAAUAGGAGUAAUUAGGAAAUGAGUCUAGAAAGUCUUUAAAUUCUCCUUACUUCACAAUUGGUCUUCAACUAGAUUUAUGAUAGAAGGACCAGAAAUUAAUAAAACCAAUGCUUUGUCCUCAUGCCCCCAAAGAAAAUUGCAAGCUUCCUAAGAGAAAAUACUUCCUUCUCAUUUUAACUGAGCACUUACCUACACAAGAAAUAGAGACUGCUCAAAUUAAGAAGGGAGGGCAAUUGUAGCUGAAAUUGAGCAAUGCCUGGUUCUGGGUGAUUCUUUCCCCACGUAAAAUUCUCGAGGUCCUUCUUAAUAAAGAGGCUUGUCUGUGAUGUAAAAAAAAAAAAAAGAACAAACUCAGAAAAAAUAUGUAACUAAAGCCAUCAUUUAGGUUUAAAGACAUGUGCAACUAAACUCUGGUUUUAGACUCAUGUGAUGCUCUCCCAAAGCUAUGCCCAAAAUGAUUAAUCCCAAAUAUUCUUUUCCAUUUAGUGUAUUUUAAAUUUAAGUUGUAAUUUUUUUAACUUGGAAAUUUUACAUGUUUGUCGGGGUAAAGCUGCCCUGAUGGCUCAGGGGAAAGUCUGUGAUGGUCUAGCUCUUGUGCUCUCUAAAAUUUUACAGCAGCUGAUUCUCUGUGACUUU